ACGAAGCUGUCAAAGGGAGCGUCAUGUCGCGUUGCGUCGCGUUGUCGCUCCUCUGAUGACCGUGAACACUUCCUGGUCCAAAGUUGUGUUUGUGUGUACACAAACCAAAGGCAAUUUAGCAUGAACUCGGAUGGUUAACUCUCGUUAAGGAAUUACAGCUCAACGGACCGGUUUCAUAAACGCACAUCUCUCAACUGGGGGAGCGAGAAGUGAAGUUAAAUAACAGAAUUUAUCCCUCAGUUUUGACACUUCGCGAACAUGAUACGAGCAGCAGAACACCAUCAUCCGUGUAAUGGAGCCCUGAAGUCUCAUUUUGAACAGAAACGAUUGAAAAAUAACAUUGUUGUGAAAAAUGGAUAUCACCGAAAUGAACAGGUGCAGAAAAAUGGCAAAGGGAAUGGUUUCCAUCAGCCUCAACCCAGGGGUGAAGAUUCAUUCGAGCAGGCCCCCAUGUAUGUGGCUGUCAUGACAUACAUGGGUUAUGGGAUUGUCACCCUGUUUGGCUAUUUCAGGGACUUCUUAAGAGCUGUUGGCCUAGAGAAGUGCCAUCAGGCCCAGGAGAGAGUAGAGCAAAAGGACUUCGUUCCUCUUUACCAAGAUUUUGAAAACUUUUACACCCGGAACCUGUACAUGAGAGUCCGAGACAACUGGAACCGGCCUAUAUGCAGUUUACCUGGUCCAGUUUUUGACCUUAUUGAAAGGGUCUCUGAUGAUUACAACUGGACUUUCAGGUUAACAGGGAAAACGAUUGAGAAUGUCAUAAACAUGGGCUCCUACAACUAUCUGGGUUUCGCUGAAAACAAUGUCGACUUUUUGAAAACAGUAGCACAGAAGACCAAGCAGUAUGGAGUGGGGAUCUGCAGCACAAGACAGGAACUAGGCAACCUCAGCAUCCAUGAGGAACUGGAACGACUUGUGGCAGAGUUCUUGGGCAUGGAGUCUGCCAUGGCAUUUGGAAUGGGCUUUGCCACCAACUCCAUGAACAUUCCUGCUCUGGUGGGAAAGGGCUGUCUGAUCCUGAGCGACGAGCUAAAUCACACUUCCCUAAUCCUGGGAGCCAGGUUGUCGGGGGCAACCAUUAGAGUCUUCAAACACAACAACAUGCAGAGUCUAGAAAAGCUGCUGAAGGAGGCGGUUUGCUCGGGGCAGCCUCGUACCCAUCGCUCCUGGAAAAAAAUCCUCAUCAUGGUGGAGGGUGUUUACAGUAUGGAAGGGUCUUUGGUCCGGCUUCUGGAGAUCAUAGCACUAAAGAAAAAGUAUAAGGCUUAUCUGUACCUUGACGAGGCCCACAGCAUUGGGGCGGUGGGGCCCACAGGUCGGGGAGUUACGGAACAUUUUGGGGUGGACCCGAAUGACGUUGACGUUCUAAUGGGCACCUUCACUAAGAGCUUUGGGGCUGCUGGAGGGUACAUCGCUGGCAAAAAGGAGUUGGUGGAUUACUUGCGGUGUCACUCUCAUAGUGCGGUCUAUGCUACAGCCAUGUCCCCACCUGUCGUUGAGCAGAUCAUCAGGGCAAUGAAAUGUAUAAUGGGAGUUGAUGGCACGACAGAAGGUCAACGUAGAGUUAGGAAGCUGGCUGAGAAUACACGCUACUUCAGAUCUCGGCUGCAGGAGAUGGGCUUCAUCAUUUACGGCAACCAGGACUCUCCUGUGAUACCACUCCUGCUCUAUCUACCUGGAAAAGUUGGGGAGUUCUCACGGGCCAUGUUGAAGAGAAAGAUUGGUGUUGUAGUUGUAGGUUUCCCGGCUACACCCAUUACAGAAGCCAGGGCUCGCUUCUGUGUGUCUGCCGCGCACACCAGGAAAAUGCUCGACAAGGUUCUCCAGAGCAUUGAUGAACUUGGAGAUGAAAUCAGGGUGAAGUUCUCUCGUCACAGACCGUCCAUUCGUUCAGAGCUGUACAAUGAAACUGACAUUGAGCUGGACAGCUGAUUAUUGACGCUCUCUUCUGUGAGAGCAAUCGCUUGUCCACCUCGAGAAACUGCCAAGGUCCCCGCAGUGAGAACACCUUGGUAGUCUUACUGUUCCAAGACAGUAUUCCAGUACAGUUCUGCUUUACCAAAAUUUGUUCAGUGUUUGUAAUGAGCUUUUAAAAAUUGUCCUACCAUGUUAAAAAGGACACAUGCAGAACCCUACACUUUUUAUAUGUAUAUAUUUUGUAUUGUAUUUAAUUAAUUGCUUUUUUGUGAAGUUUGUUAAAUGACCUUUCUCAGGGGAUUUUGGGAAAAGGGGAGGGGGCCAUGAUGGUUAUGUUUGUAGAACAUACGGUAUAUCAAAAGCUGCUCCUAAUAUAUCAAACAAUUAACUCCCUUAACACUGACCUACUUCAAAACUCUAGCGGCAAAUAAGAAAGCCCUUGCUGUGGCCUUAUUUUUUUAUCCUGCUGCUAAGAUGGAUUGAUGAGAGACCUCCAUGUGCUGGAUUAUGUGUUUGUGUGAUCCAGAAAUACUUUGAUUGAAUGAGAUUGAACAAGGCUGGGUGUUGCAGACCAACUUGUAGUCAUUAAACAUUCCUGUAUCACAUCUUGCAGAUCUCAGUCCUUAUAAUUUACACUGACAGGCAUUUAUUUGAAUUUCAUGUGGAGGAAAUUCCUUCUGAUUUA